AUGCCGUCCGGAUACAAACAUGGAGAUACCCCCAAAAAGGCCAUGGUGAGGGGAACCAUCUCGUACCUCGAGUCCCAGGGCCUGCCCGUCAACAAGUCUGCCAUCUUCCGCCACUUUGACCUCUCACGCUCCCAGGGCUACGCCGCCCUCAACAUCCCUGCCUCUAAGCGCAAUGACCCUGAAUGGGAGGAGACCCGCGGGAGGCCCCUCAAGAUCUCCGAGGAGGACCAGCAGAAGAUGGAGAAGAUCCUGUGGGAUGAGCGUUAUGUCAACGUCAACCUGAACUGGCACGGCCUGGCCAAGGAGGCUGGUGUCGAGGUCGACGUGAACCCGAGGACCCUGCACCGGACUAUGGGCACGCUUGGAUACCGGAGAUGCCUGGCAUGCUCUAGGACCUGGGUGCACAAGAAGGCCAGGGAGAAGAGGGUGGAGUACGCCAGACGGAUGCUCGAGGCGUAUCCUCAGCCCCAGGACUGGAGACCCGUCCGCUUCAGCCUCGAGCUUCACUUUGGCUUUGGCCUCGACGGCAAGAUGCGCCUGAUUCCACGACCCGGUGAGAGAUUCUGCGCCCCGUGCUCAGAGACUCCCGAGGCUGAAUGGCCGCGCGAUCUGAGAAAGGCUCACGUAUGGGUUGCGGUGGGACACGGCUUCAAGAGCGAACCAGUCUUUUACGAAGAAUCCACCAACCCCAACUGCACCGGUGUCAUGACCAUGACGGAGUACAAGGACCAUAUCCUCGAAAAGACCGUCAAGCCGUGGCUCACAGGCAUAGGUUCGCAGAGCUUCAUUCUCGAGGAGGACAGCGAGGCAUUUGCACACGGCGCUGCGAGCAAGGUCAACCCGGUGCAGCAGUGGAAGGACGAGCACGGCUUGCGAUACUACUUUAGCUGUGGUGACAGCCCGGAUCUGAACCCACUGGACUCACUCUGGCCGGCACGCAAGCAGUGGACGCUCGAUGCGCCCAAGGACUGGGAGGACGAGACGCUGCAGAAGAUGGUGCGUGAUGCCUGGGCGUCGUUUGAGAUGGAGAGGGUCAACAUGUGGGUGGACUUCAUGCCACAGCGUCUGAGGCAGGUGAUUGAAGGCGAUGGGGCACUGAUUCCGUGGUGA